GCCGCCCGCUGGCCGGCGCCUGGCGUCGCCUCUGCGCGGUACUGCCGCGGGCGACUGCCGCCGCUCGCGCCUUGCGCGCCGACGGACCAGUUGCGACUCGAGCGGCGGCGCUGCGCGCGGCUGUGGAGUGGUGUUACUGUCUUGUGCGAACCCUGCGGGCGCCGCUGGCUGUCAUCGAACCUCACGGAGCUUGGAUUCCAACGGCCGUAACCGAUCAGGAAUGGGGCGGUUUCACCGAGAGGUGCACGAGGAGCAGGUGGAGAUGUCGGGCGGCUCGCGCUGCUGCUUCUCGCUGCUGACCCUCCUGGCCGAGGUACUGCUCUUCGGCAGCGUGGCGCUGGUGGUCGCCUGGUGCCUCAAGUACCGCGGCGGCUUCGCCUGGACCGAGGACCCCAACCUGCAGUUCAACCUGCACCCCGUGCUCAUGGUGUCCGGAUUCAUCUUCUUCGCUGGACAUGCAAUGCUGACGUACCGGCAGUGGCGCUGCUGUAACCACUCGACCAUCAAGCUGGUGCACACGCUCUACCACAUCAUGGCCAUCCCGUGCAUCGCCGUCGGCCUCAUCGCCGUCUUCGACUUCCACAACAACAAGAAGCCGACGCCGAUCCCGAACCUGUACUCGCUUCACUCGUGGAUGGGUCUGGUCACCGUCGGCCUCUAUGGACUGCAGGUACUUCCGGCGUUCAUCGUCGGGUUCUUCUCGUUCCUGUUCCUGCUCUGCUGCGACACGGCCACGGCCUCGUUCCGCGCCGCGCUGGUGCCCGUGCACAGCAGCUUCGGCAUCACCACCUUCUUCCUGGCUGUGGCCACCUGCCUCACCGGGCUCACAGAGAAGGUCCUCUUCACCAUUAGGGAUACGUACCAGAGUCUGGGCGAGGAGCCGAUCGUUGUCAACGUGUUCGCAAUGUGUCUGGUGCUGGUGGCCAUCGUCAUGUCGGUGCUACUGCUGCUCGACCGGUUCCGGCAGAACACGGAGCGCCUCAUCCUCGUCAGCAGGCAGCACGAGGCCUGAGCCCGUCUCAGUGACGUCAUUGGGCGUCAGUGUGACGUAAAUGGGCGUCAAUAUGACGUCAGUGUGGCGUGAUGUCGCUGAAGAGCGGCGGAGUGAAACGAAUACUGAGUGGGACGUCGUGGGAGAAGUGUAAUGCUAUUGAAGAAGAGAAGCCUGUAGUGGUGUCGAUGAAUAGUGGGAUGUUCCGAAGUGUUAUGCGAUGAUGGAAGGCGCGUGUAAGGUCAAAAUCUAGCAGCAUCUGUCUGGCGAAAUGGUGGGAUAUAAUGAGAUUAUGGACGUUAUAAAGACAACGUAGGGUGAUCGGUGCGGAGUUGCUCCCGAUACCCCAAAUAUGUGCGGGUAGACCUACCUGAGCGAAGCAUUUGGAUCUGAGUGAUGCUGGAGAUAAUUCGUAUCAUUGAAACGCAUAAAUAUCGGCGUUCUUGCAAACCAUGCUAUUUACGUUAGUGGAAACGUCGACUUCAACGCCCGACCGCGGCGAAGAUGAUUGUUAGAAGUGGGUGGAUUUUAGUGUUGCGAAGAGCUCGCAGUGAAUAUACAGCUUGUUGGAGGCACCUCGCGGCCUGGAAGACUGGACCGCUGUACAAAGACACCGACUAACAUCGACGUCUUACUCAACACUGACCCUGACCGAACAGCUGUUCACUGUUGCCAGCUUUGCUUUUAACAGGUGCCGGAGUAGGGGGAGCAUCUCCGGUGGUGUUGUCGCUUUGACCCCCGACCCGCGCUGCCCCGGUGGCUGUCCGCCGACUACUCGCUUCUGUAACCGCCGCUAGCUGUCCGGCGUUCCGCGCCUCCCGACCCCUCGCUUUGCCUGGCGCUGCGAUCGCUUGGUGGCGGCUCACACUCUCCCGCUCGGCUCGCCCGCAGGGACACCUACUCGUCCAUGCCGGACGAGGGCCUGGUGGUGAACGCGCUCGGCUGCACGCUGGUGGCCGCCCUGGUGGUGAUCUCGGUCAUCACGUCGCAGAACGUGUUCAGACAGAGCCGCGCGCACGGCGGCAUCGCCACCGAGCUCUGACCGGCGCCCGGUGACACCGAACGGCAGUAUGAGCGGCAGUGGCGACACCUCUGCCGGCGCGGCGCUGAACGGUCACAGGGCUCCGAGGGACCGGUGCAGCGGGACCGCGCCCGGCCGGCGGGGCCCGGCCGGGAGCAUUGUGGCGAGGUGGUUUGGUGCACACAGCUGCCGCGUGUGGCUCGCUCCAAAGGCAGAGCGUUCGUCAUUUAGCUGCCGUUGUGCAUGUAUAAACUUCAUUUUAACGCUCUUGCCAGCAAGUGAGAAUCACGACCGUCACGCGUUACUCGAAAGGAAAAUGUCUUCCAUAUAUAUCAUUAUCAUGAACUAAGAUCUGAUGCUCUCGAUUGUAGGUUGAAAGCUGAUGCUGUAUUAUCUGCCGAGCCCGUGUCAUUUAUAUCGGGAACUAUACGAUCGGCGCAGUUCGGUCGAAUGAAUGGAUACUUGCAGACUUUUUUCUUCCGGAAUCGCCUUACCUACUUAGUAUUGAGUAUUGAGCGGUAGGUAUAGCACCACGGCCGGCGCGGCGGUGUUUUGGUUUAAUUCUGUGCAGCAUUGUAGCGCAGACGAUGGUGUGUUACGUCGCCAAGGCUGAGAGCUAAGGCGCCGAGUGUUGAGAGAGGUGUUUGGCGUGGCGUAGCGGGGUGUAUUACAUGGACCAGUGUCUUGUUCGAGCGGGUCAUUGCGGUUGGUUGAGAGAACGUGUGUAUGUGGAUGGCCUGUGUCAGCCUCUAUAAGACAAACCUGGCAAGACGCGAGUGUCAGACAAUGUCGCUUGUUAAAACCUCAUUCCAGGCGAAUAUGGCAGUUCGGUCAGAUGCGUUUAGAUGGUAGACUAGUUACUGGAUAAGUGAAAAAAAAAAACGGGGCCGUUUACGGCUCCUGAAUAUGAAUGAAUACACGAUAAGUCGAA